AUGGGGUCGGUCUCCUCCCUGGAGGCCCUGUGGGCCGAGCCCUUCGAGGACCGCGGCCUGCCCAGGGUGGCCACCGGGGCCGGCUUCGAGGUGGACAUCGGGACAGCGCACGAGUGGGCGCUCCGCCAGCAGAUCGGGACUGGGCGGCGGAUGGCGUUCAUCUGGAACACCGG